UUCAUCUUGACACAACAAGUUCGGAAGCUUGAGACAUGGCGUCGGAAUUGUACAACGUUGGUGAUAUAGUAUGGGCGAAAAUGAAGGGCUUUCCGCCGUGGCCGGGAAAGGUUGUUGUCCCACCAAAGGAUGUAAAGAAACCUGCAGGGAAGAAGAAUAUGACAUGCGUCUUCUUCUUCAGCACAGAAAACUAUGCUUGGAUCGUGGAUGACCUGGUAUCAAUGUACGAGAAGGGCAAGGCAGCCAACAAGAAGAGUGGCCGGGGCGGUUCAUUCAGAGAUGCGUGUGAGAGUGCGGAAGAAUUGCUUACCAACAAACCAAAGCCGCCGGUAAAGACAGCAGAUCUGCCCAGCAUUGAUGAGGAGCUGAACUUGAUACGCCCUGAAAACGCGACAGGCAAGAAAUUCGUGCCGCCUGCAAAAGACUAUUCCAGAACGCCAUUUGCUGGGAAGCAGGUGUCUGCACUGGACAGUCCGAAGAGCGAGGAGAAACCCGAAAAACCGGAGAAACCCGAAAAACUGGAGAAACCAGUGAAAGUCGUCGAGAAGCCAGAAAAAGCAGCCAUUAUAUCGAAUGCAAAGCCAGCUCUGUCGGCUACUCCCACCAUGAAGAAGAAAGUUGAAAAGGUGGAGCAGAGGUCGGCUGGCAUGGAGAGAGCCAAGCGAGACUCGUCUAGAAGGGUGCAGGGACGGAGGGCAUCCAGUAGCUCCGACGAGGGACCGCUCCUCAAGAAGGUAAAGAAGGAGUUGAAGGCCUCGAAGCCAAAUUUGCCUGCCAGCGAUAAAGAAGUGGAGAUGACCCGAAUCGUCGAUCGAUUAUCAGAGAGCGUUGCACCAGAGACCCCUCCCCCGAGCACCGGCCUGCCUGCCUACGCGCUCUCAGACGAGCCGUUGCCUGGGGCGAUGAGGUUCGGCUUCUUGGGUCUCGGCAUCAUGGGAGCGAACAUGGUGCAGAACUUACUGCGCUCCGGUCACAAGGUCGUCGUCUGGAACCGGACCCCGUCAAAGUGUCAGCCCGCCGUGGAUGCAGGAGCCGUGGAGAAGGAGACGCCAGCAGAGGUCGUCGCCUGCUGUGACAUCACAUUCGCCUGCGUGUCAGACUCGCAAGCCAUCCGAGAGGCGAUCUCAGCGAAGGGCGGCCGCUUCCUGGAGGCGGUUGUCACGGGCAGCAAGACGCACGCCGAGCAGAAGCAGCUGAUCUUCAUCGCCGCCGGCGACCGCACGCUGUUCGCCGACUGCGAGUUCUGCUUCCGCGCGAUGGGCAAGCGCUCCAUCUACCUGGGCGACGUUGGCAAUGCGACGCGAAUGAAUGUCGUCAUCAACAUGAUCAUGGGCACGAUGAUCGCGGGUCUAGCCGAGGGCAUGGCGCUCGCUGAGAAGUGUGGAGUCAACCAGCACGACGUGCUUGAGAUCCUAGAGAUGGGCAGCAUGAACUGUUCGAUCAUACGACAGAAGGGCAAAUCGAUCGUCGAGGGAGCUGACCAGGAAGACGCAUUCCAGCCACACUUCCCGCUGAAGCAUCAGCAGAAGGACCUGCGUCUGGCCAUCGCCAUGGGAGACCAGGUCGAUCAGCCUCUCCCUGUCACCGCGUCGUCGAACGAGCUGUUCAAGAGAGCGCGGAGCCUCGGAUACGGAGAUCAGGACAUGGCGGCCGUCUACAAGGCAACGUUCUUGUGAUCGGCUCUGGCUGGCACGGACCCCGAGAGCAGGAGAGCCGCACGAUACCAAUGCCAUUUAUUCCUUUACAUUGAAUUAAAAGUAGCGAGUCGUCUCGAGAAGGUGCUGAUUGACAAAUAGUUUGUCGUCGCCACCCAGUAAAGCGCGGAAUCCGUGUGACGGUGCCGCAAGUCCCGAGAAUAAUUUCAACAUCCACUAAUUUAUACGUAUAGGGGAUCGUCUUAGACUGUCGCUCACGCGUAAUCGGUCUGUAGGAUCGUUUACCCCUCCCACUCUUGACCCCCCCCCUCCAUAAUGAGUGGAUACGUAGAAUCGGCUUCGUUUUCGAGUCGAGCAUUGCAUCGUAGUAGGGAAACGUUUAGCGUAUUUGCGGUUAAUGAUAUCAGGAGUGAAUAAUAAUCGAGGAGUGUGACUCGCUCGAAACACAAGAAAUUCAACAUUUCCAUGCCCUAACUUAUCUAUGAUUUAUUAGGUGAAAUAGUUAGUUGCAAAUCCCUGCCGAACCCUGCCAACAGGUGUCGCAGAGCGAGCUGCCUCUUGUUCCCGCAAUUGCACGGAAAUGAUCGCCAAUUUACCAUGUCAAUGACUAAAACCAUGUCUGACGUUCGAAGCUAUUAUGAAGAGGUAUCGAUACAAAGUAAAGUGUGAGGGCAAGUUGGAUGUACAACGCUAGUCCUGAUGUCAGGUUUAUUGCGUUUCGCGUAAUAAAUCAUAGGUCAAUUAAGGCAUGGAAAUUUUGAAUUUCUUGUGUUUCGUCCAAGUCAUACUCUUCUAUUAUUAUUCACUCCUAAUGAUAUCAUGAAUCAUUAAAAUGACCGCACUCGCUGUCAGGUUGAGUGAGCCAGCACCGAAGAAAUGAGAAUCAUAAUGUACAUAACUAAUACACGUCCCCUUCUAUCUGUCGUCCAUAGUGUUUGUACGCAUGCACCUAUCUAUCCCGUCGUCGGUGGAAAACGAAAACGCUUGCAGUGACAGUGUUGUCUUUAUUAGAGCUAUAAGAUCAUCAACAUCAAAUGUAAAUAAAGCGUGUGCAGAAGAGAGCAUAACCCAACAGUAUGCCGAGCCUGCCCGGGCCGUGGUGUCCAUGAGCUGAGAAAGAACACGCGUCCUCCAUCUGCUUGCAGUGUGUGGUGCGCAGAGAAAGGUGCUGAUGCGAUGCAGCCACCGCAUCUGCAAAGUCACGUCUCUUUGCGGAUCUAAACCUAUUCCGGAUCUGGAGCGUAAGGAUGGUGCAUUAGCCACGGCACUGUAAUGAUUGCGUGCUAACACUGUAAUGAUUGCGUGUUGCAUCUGGCACUGUAACCAAGGGCGGUGUGUUAGGUCGAGAUCUUAAAAGAAUUGUGUGUUAGGAUCAGCACUGUAAGGAUUGUGUGUUAGGGCCAGCACUGUAAUGAUUGUGUGUUACGGCAGACACUGUAAGGAUUGUGUGUUACGGCAGACACUGUAAGGAUUGUGUGUUACGGCAGGCACUGUAAGGAUUGUGUGUUACGGCAGACACUGUAAGGAUUGUGUGUUAGGGCAGGUACUGUAAGGAUUGUGUGUUAGGGCAGGCACUAUAAGGAUUGUGUGUUACGGCAGGCACUGUAAGGAUUGUGUGUUACGGCAGGCACUGUAAGGAUUGUGUGUUAGGGCCAGCACUGUAAGGAUUGUGUGUUAGGGCAGGCACUGUAAGGAUUGUGUGUUAGGGCCAGCACUGUAAGGAUUGUGUGUUAGGGCCAGCACUGUAAGGAUUGUGUGUUAGGGCAGGUACUGUAAGGAUUGAGUGUUAGGGCAGGCACUGUAAGGAUUGUGUGUUAGGGCCAGCACUGUAAGGAUUGGGUGUUAGCUCUGUUUCAGUAAGCAUGUGUUGGUGAUGAAGAUAUUUGUAGUGUGAGUGCUGAACUUGCAACAAUUCUCUCCACAUGACUUUUCCACCGCGGUAUCGCGGAGCCCAGUAAAUAAUAACCCGUC